UUCGUUAUAUACUCAUCCCGCCACUACGAUAAGCAUCUCACAGCGGAGAGGAUGUGUGUUUUUUUACUGGUGGAAAUUAUAUAAUAGAAUCACAUAUGGCUUACGGCGGCAUGUCAAGAUCGGGAUAUGGGUCAGGUGGUAGCUUUUCUGGAUCGGGAUAUGGGUCAGGUGGUAGCUUUUUUGGAUCGGGGUCAAGGUCAGGUGGAAGCUGGUCGGGAUCGGGGUCAGGGUCGGGUGGAAGCUGGUCGGGAUCGGGAAGUGGCAGACGACCCCGUGACGAGGGGAAAUGGAAAAACCAGUUGGCGUAUUAUGAUUACGAAACAGAUAAAGGGAGAACUUACGAUGAAGUGCGGAAACUUAAAGACAAACUCGACGAUGAGGAUAUCGUUAAAGUGUACAAAAUGAAUCAUCCGUUGCUGUAUGAACAACAACCUACUAGGGAUGUCUUUCGGCACGACUAUGUUAUUCUCAAAACCGAAGACUGGUUUUAUUCAAUAGAAAAGAACACAGAAGAGUUAGUGUGGCAAAGAUCUGAAUCAAGGGAAGACGUGAAAUACAAACUCAAGGGCAAAAAGCGAGUAUCGGACCGUUCGGUCGUUCAAUGUAGCGAGAAGGAUGAUGGUGAAAGACACAUCUUUAAGCUUAUCGACUGGUUGCAUGCAAAUGGCGAGAUACAUAAGGAAUACGACCUUCUGAAUAGUAAUUGUCAACAUUUUGCAGCGCGUGUAUACAACUAUGUUACCUAGAUGGGGUUUUUUUAAAAGUGCACAAUAAAAGUUGGUGCAAGGAAAUGUCACUUAAAUGCAUUAUUAUAUUUAACUCGUUUGACUUAAAUGAUCAAAAACAGUAAAAAACGUAUGAGUUUUUGUAGAGAUAAAAAGAAGCGUUAUUUUGGCGCUUUUUCAAUUGAAGAAUAAGUGGCCACGAAAAACUUAAAUAAAAAAACACCACAUUUAUGACAUUUAUUACAUCAGAUGUGUACGCUUUAUCUGUUUUGAUGAUUCAAGUCAAGUGUGUUCAACAUAAUAAGGCAUUAAAACUGGAUCAACCUAUAUUGUGCACCUUUAACAAUAAACGAAGGAAAGCCAUCCAUCAUUGGGAUGAAAAGAUGUGUUGGUGUAUUUUAGAUAUUUAGAUAUUAGCAUCGGGGUUAUUUGUAUCUUUAAUCUAUAUUGAUGCAAUUAACCUUUAUUUUAGUUUUGUAUGAAUUACAUUUUUGCCAUGUUUUCACCAUAAUGAUGCUAUCAUUAUGAUAUGAUAUAUUCAAGGAAGGAAAUAAAAAAAACUUUUACCAUGAUUAUAUAACAAUUUAUAUAAAAGUUCUCGAUGAAAGUUAUAAUAUUAGUCAAUCUUUGUAACUUUAAAUUGACACUUAGAUGACCUUAAAAUUGUACCAUUUAUAUCGUGGAAUAAAUAUUCUUAGCUGGAAACAAUACAUUGACUGAUGAAGUCCGUGAAUGCGAAGAACAUGAUUAUGUAAUUUCAGGAAAAGAACACAACAAAGACAAAGAAACGCAUGUUUAUGAUUGAAAAUGAAAAUGUCAAACAAUUAAGUCCUUUACGACUUGCUUAUUGUUAAACGCACGAAGUGUUAUUUUAGUUGUAUUGGAAUUCCUGUACCUGAAAUAAAACUCCAACUCCA